AAAAAACGAACACAUAAACCCCAGUGCUUUAUUGAUUGAUUACCCUUUUUAGAGAGAGAAAGAACCAGAAAGUUAGAAAAUCCGUUUCAGCUCAUAUCUCUUUCAUCUCAAACUAAACUCACUUUUUCUCUGUCUUUCCCUCUAUAAUCCUCCCCUUUCUCUCUCUCUCGCUCUCUCUCUCUCUUAAUCUGAAUACCAAAUCAAUUUUUUGUAUUAAACGAAAAUCAAACUCUAAUUAAUGUAUUGUUAGGGUUUCCUGUUUUACUUUCACAUUUCUCGAUCUGUAGAAAAUAACCUUAUUUCGCCGCCAUUGAAGUUGUGGUUUCAAGUACAAAAUCCAUGGGUUCUACUACUACUGUAACUAAAGAGUUAUUGCAACCUCAACAUGGAGGAGGUGGUCCCUCUUCUUCGUCUUCUACUAUGGCUGAAGAUGAAUCUUUGAAGCGGAAUACUGAUUGUGUCUAUUUUCUUGCUUCUCCCUUGACAUGCAAAAAGGGAAGUGAAUGUGAGUAUCGGCAUAGUGAAUAUGCUCGGGUUAAUCCGAGAGAUUGUUAUUAUUGGUUGAAUAGCAAUUGCUUGAAUCCUAAAUGCUCAUUUAGGCAUCCUCCUUUGGAUGGUUUGAUUACUCCUCAAGCUGGUAACUUUGCUGGGCCAUCUGUUCUUGUACAGCCUGGUCCAUCUGUGCCCACGGUUCCUCAGAAUCCUACUAAGCAAGGAGUACUGUGCAUUUUCUUCCAGAAGGGAUACUGCUUAAAAGGAGAUAGAUGCCCUUUUAUGCAUGGUCCAAAUCCUCCUACUAUGAAGAUUCAACAGGCUUCAGCUAGUGUCACUGUUCCUGAAGCCUCGGUUUUCAACAAAGCUUUUAGUACACUUGAGAAGUGUACACAACCGAAAACAAAUCUCCAAGUAAAUUUGUCUAAGGUCAAGGAAGCCCCACUGCAGGAGAGGGCAAUUCCGAAAGUUCAGCCUACUCGGUCGCUUAAUGGAGCAUCUGCUGGAAGAGGUUAUCAGCCUCCCAGUGGUAUGAUUCAAGAGGUUCGUAAAUAUGGCGAAACAAAACCACCUUCAGUUGGCAACGGUAAUUUGAGAACCAGGACGGGGCCUGCGCAUCAUAGUAGCUCUUACGAUGACCAGAAUAUUCAAAAUGGUAGAGAGGCAGAUGAUUCGUUGAGAGAAUCGUCUCCUGGAUUUGAUGUACUUGUGGAUGACAAACUCAACGAAGAUGAAUAUUAUCAUGAAGAUCAGUAUGUUAGGAUGAGAGGAAAUGAUGGAAGAAAUCUGAAAGAGUUUGAUAUGGGUUUUAAAGAUGAUUAUAAUUCAGUUGCUGACAUGGACCCUGAAAUUUAUCACAGUCGACGUGGCUAUGAUUCAUUUGAUCGUUUUCCAGAGAAGUACGCACAAGAGCAUCGAAGAGCAUCAUCAGAAAGAGCACUUGGUGAGCCACCUCACUAUGACAGGAGAGGUUCAUACAAGUCACAGAGUCCUGAUUUCAAUCAAAAGUCUGAUUUGCGGAAUCGAUUAUCUAAGCAACGGAGGGUAAAUGGGUUGAAAUCAGUUGUUAAUUCUGAUUAUAGCCUUGAUGAUCAUGUUGAGGACCGAGGCCACAGGAGUAUUCAGAAGGAUUCACAUCAGUCAGUGGGACAUGAGAUUUCUCGUGGCCGCCGCCUUCAGGGCAGAAUAAAGCUUCCAAGAAGAUGUUCUCCAAUGAGCGGUAAUGAUGUAUAUUCAGAGAGGGGAAGAUUGUCUCCAAGUAGGCAGCAAGCCUCUAGUCAACAAGGUCGUCUUAGAGAUAGAUUGAGAGGACGAAUCCAAGAUGAAAGCCGUGAGGGCAGAAGAAUAAAUGGUCCAAUGGUGAUAAAGGAUACUUCUGGAGCUGACUUUGCCGGUCCAAAACGUUUGUCAGAGCUAAAAGGCUCCAGACAAUCUGAUAGUGAUCAGCAGCUUAUAAAGAGUCAUCAAUCAGGUUCAGGGGGGAAGCUGAGAGACAGAGUCUUAGCUAGUUCUGUUGGAAUUGAGGAUCAUACUUCAUUUGAAGGUCCCAAGCCACUUAGCGAGAUUUUAAAACGAAAAAGAACAGCCACCACUGGAACGACUUCUGACAAUAAUAAAGAAGAGAUCAAGCAUAGUGAUAAUGAUGUAAACAUUACAGACUAUGCCUUGAACUCUGAUACAAAGACAGGAAAACAUGUGACACUUUCUUCUGCAUCUGAGAAAGAUAAGGCUGGUGAAAUCGACAAUAAGCCUCUAGUUGUCAAGGCAGCUGAAGAAGAGGGUGAAAUCUCAAAUAAGAAAAUAAAAUUGAAUGGUGACCGUCAUGCUGAAUUGUCCUUACAUGAAUCUGAAAAUAAGCACUCUGAAACCAAGGAGGAUUUGAUUGUUGCCGAUAAUGAAAAUCAAGAAUAUAAUGAGGAGUAUGAAGCAGAGGAUGGAGCAUUUGAUUAUGAACAAUAUGAUGGGGAAGGUGGAACUGGUGAUCACGAGGCAGACUCCAUGGACGAGGAUGAUGGAGAUGAUUUUGCGAAGCAACUAGGUGUUUCUUUCUGAAUCAUUCCUGAGCAAUUCUGCUUUCAUCAUCAACACCGAUUUUAGUUAAAAGGUUAAUUCAGGCCUCAUCUUUUCCCUUUUUCGUCUUGUAUUUUCUUCUAACUGUAUCAUACAAGUCCAAAAAUGGAAACUGUAUUUUGUUGUAUUGAAACCUUGCAAUAGUUCCUAAUCCUCCUCUUUUUUCUGUAGACCACAAUAUUGUAACAUUAGAGUUAUGAAGGAAAAUUUAAUAGCUUGAUUCUAUUUUAUAAAAGUAGCUUCAUUCCAUUUUCACAAUAUGAUUUGUGUUCAGUUA